GCGAGUGCUGCUGUAUGUCUGCUGUUGACACUGCGUACCUAUUAGGAUGGAGCCGUUGGAUAGUUAUUUCUAGUCUAAUCGCAAAAGUUUGAGCUGCAGCUAAUCAUCUGUAGCCAUAUUAAAAUUUUUAUUCAGUCCUAAUUUACAGUUUUGCCUUCGGAUGAUCAGUUUGAUGUCGCUAAAUGUUGCUCGUUUUACGAGGCUGCUAACAGAGAAGCUAACCUUGAACUAAUUUAGCUAAUGAGUAAAACUGCUUAAAUCCAGCUGACAGGAUGAACAUUUCACCUUGAAGAUCCGCUGUUAUUAAAGAUAAACUAUUAAAUCAGGUCUUUUUACACCCCUAAAAUCAAGAUGGCCGUAGAGCUUGAUGUGUUCGUUGGUAACACCACCAUCAUGGAUGAGGAGGUUUACCAGCUCUGGCUGGAUGGAUACACAGUGAAUGAUGCUGUGAAGGUGCGCAUGGCGGGAGGCAUGCUGGACGAGUGUGAAGCAAACCAGGAUGUUCUCCUGAGUGACACCAUGGACCAGUACAGGACUUUCCAGAUGUGUGAGCGUCUGCUGCAGAGUCCGGCCAAACUCGCAAACCAGCUGCUCUUCCAGAUCCCUCCUCACCGGCAAACCAUGCUCAUAGAGAGGUAUUAUGCCUUUGAUGAUGUGUUUGUGCGUGAGGUCUUAGGAAAAAAACUCUCCAAAGGAACAAAGAAAGACUUGGACGAUAUCGGUGCCAAGACAGGUGUGACUCUGAAAAGCUGCAGACGACAGUUUGACAACUUCAAACGUGUUUUCAAAGUUGUGGAAGAGCUGAAGGGACCCCUGGUGGAGAACAUACGUCAGCAUUUCCUUCUCUCUGACAAACUCGCAAGGGAUUAUGCUGCCAUUGUUUUCUUUGCCAACAACCGCUUUGAGACGGGGAAGAAAAAGCUGCAGUAUCUGACCUUCCAGGACUUUGCUUUCUGCGCCGGGCAGCUUAUCAACAACUGGACAGUUGGGGCCGUUGACAACACGGUGGAAGACAUGGACGUCGACCUGGACAAGGAGUUUUUACAGGAGCUGAAAGAGCUGAAGAUUUUAAUCACCGACAAAGAUCUGCUGGAUCAACACAAAAGUUUGGUCUGCACGGCUCUCAGAGGAAAAACGAAAGCUUUCGCAGAGAUGGAAGCUAAUUUUAAAAAUCUCUCCAGAGGUCUCGUCAACAUUGCCACAAAGUUAACAAACACCAAAGAUGUCAGAGAUUUCUUCAUUGAUCUUGUAGAGAAGUUUAUUGAGCCGUGCCGUUCAGACCGAUGGACAUCUGCAGACAUAAAACUCUACCUCACCCACUACACCAACUCGGCACACAUUCUGGACUCAUUCAAACACCAGGCUGUGUGGGACAGAUAUAUGGGCGUGAUCAAAAGCUGCAUCUACAAAAUGUAUCACGACUGAGGCGUUUCCCCUCCUCUCUGCUUUUUGUGUCCCAGUUCGUCUGCCUCCUCGCUGAAGCCGUUAUCCUCUCUCUCUUCGUUUUGGCAGAAAUCCAUUUCCUACGUUCUGUGUUGCAUUAUUGCCGCAUUCAUUGUUGUGUUUCUGUAAAUUUGGUUUAUAAAUAAAAUAAAGGUUUUACCACUG